AUGAACAAAUUCUCGCUAUUUUUUGCUCUCACAGCAACAUUGAUGACAAUCACGGAAUCGGCUGUUCCAACUGCUUCGAUUUCGGCUCACGUCCUCGACAUUUCUGGUGGCUCACCAGCUGGAGGUGUUCAAAUUCUCGCCUACAUCCAGCAAAACGAUGAUUGGACUAAAAUCGGAUCUGAAUUCACGCAAGACAAUGGGCGUGUUGAUUGGGUAUCUCCCGAUUUCACCCUAAUCCCUGGAACCUACCGAUUGGUCUACAUCACGGAACCAUACUACAAAGCGAAGAAUGUGGAGAGCUUUUAUCCAUAUGUUGAGGUUGUUUUCAACAUUCGUGAUGCAACACAACACUACCAUGUUCCAUUGACUUUGAGUCCAUGGGGAUACUCUACAUACCGUGGAUCAUAACUUACUAGUUUCUCAAUUGUUAAUAUAUAUGUUUGUCCAAUAAACCAUCGCUAUAU